GAAAUUAGAAACACAAAUUGGUAAAAAGUCUGUACUGAACUGGACUCUGUCGUGUUCUCGUGUUCUUGUCUGCAUUAUUAGCAAAUUCAAUUUCCAUCAAACACAUAACAAUAUUUUUUUGUUGCCCACAAAAAUCUUGAUACUCUUUGGAUAAGUUUAGGCUUCUAGCUACGCUUUGUCCAUGUUUGUGUAAGGGGGUCUUGAUCAACACCUCAACAUUUGUUUCAAUGGCUUUUAAUUGGUUUUCUUUUUUGAGAUAUACCCUUGUUGUUUUAUUCGUUGCUGCCACUGCUACAGCAUUCAUCACUCUCCCAGUUGAAAAGAUAUUGAAGGAUUUCUUGAUUUGGGUUGACAAAGAUCUUGGGCGUUGGGGGCCUCUAGUAUUGGCUGUUGCAUACAUUCCUCUAACGAUCUUAGCUGUUCCAGCAUCAGUACUUACUCUGGGUGGCGGUUAUCUCUUUGGCUUACCUGUGGGUUUUCUUGCGGAUUCUGCUGGUGCUACUGCUGGUGCAGCUGCGGUGUUUCUUCUUGGAAGAACAAUUGCUAGGUCAUUUGUUAUUUCCAAGGUGAAAGAUUAUCCACAGUUCCAGGCAGUUGCUAUAGCCGUUCAGAAAUCUGGAUUCAAGAUUAUGUUGCUGCUUCGGCUUGUUCCUAUACUUCCAUUCAGCAUGUUAAAUUACCUUUUGUGUAUGACACCAACCUCAACGGUGGAAUACAUCCUGGCUACAUGGUUGGGAAUGAUGCCACUCACUCUUGUACUGGUAUAUGCUGGAACAACUCUCAAAGAUCUUUCUGAUGUAACUAAUGGAUGGCAUGAACUUUCAAAAAGUCGAUGGGCGCUUAUAAUUUUCAGUCUCUUGGUGUCGGUGGUUCUAAUAUUCUGGGUUACUAAAGUUGCAAAGUCUGCGUUGGAGAAAGCUUUAGCCGAAAACGAGGACAUCCACAACUUUUCCACCUUCAUUGAUUCCCCUGCAGAUAUCCGGCAGCCACUAGUAGUCGAGACAUAGACAAUCGUGAAUAUGGAAAUUGAUGCUCAAGUAGAUUCUUCUAACCAAUUGUUAGGAUGUACAUACUGUCUUUACUAGUUCGUUAUUAUCCAUAAUCCUGUAUAGUUACACCAUCAUAUUAUACAUGUAUUUUUAGAUAGAGGGGCACUUUGCUGAAAUCCUGUUUUUUGGUAAUUUGAAAUUUUUCCCGGGAGAUCCCUUUCAUGACUCAUGGAGUCACCAAUGUCUCCGUGCAAAGUAAGAACACAUUUUUUUGAUUCCGCUUGAACUUUGUUCAGUUCUUCCUUGAUUUUGUAGUUUGUUUUGAUAUGGGAGGAAUACGAAGGUGGGGCUAAUAAGCCACUCCACUUCAUAGCAGAGGGUAGUUUAUAUUAUAUCGAAAACCAGAAGCCACAGGUGUCAGGAACGGGAUAUACUUGGUACGUUUGUUUUGGUUUCAUAUACCUCAUUUCGUUUUAGCCUGUUGCAUGUCUAUUAUCCUUGGUCUAUUGUACAAGUCUUGCUCCUAGUCAUGGAACACUUUCCUUUCCUCUCUGGGCAUGACACUCUUUGUUUGCUCUUACAGUUAGUUGAGUUGACAUUUGGUUUUCAUAUUUUUUCAGGUGUUCGAAACUGUGUAUAUCUUUCUUCACCUUUCUGUUUUUAUUGACUAAUCAGUGUUUCAUAUAGAUGAAUAGUUGAUAAUCUGAUUAAAGUUGCUGAACUAUUUGCUUUUCCUUUACUUGUGUCCCCUUAUCUGUUUUUGGUAACCCUUUGCUUGCAAUUCAGUUUACAUGCACUUUUCACCUUUUUGUAAGAUAGAACAUCAAGAAGAUUCAAAAAGAGAGAUGUAGGGUUGCAAUACAUAAUGAACAUUCUAGGUGCAAGUUUGUAGUAUCUACUAUUUUGUGAAAGUAUGUUACUAGAUGCCAAAAAGAGUGUCUGGAAAAGAAUAUUUGGUACAAGUUUGCAGCAACUGAGCACCUUAAGCUUGGGCUAUAGGUCCUCUGUGAAGUUUGUUACUUGUGGAUAUGCGAGAAAAAUUGUAUGGACACCACUAUUUUACUGUAGUUAUCGGAGAUC